CCCCGCCAUAAUCUAUCGUCUGCUUGUUGACUCAAAACGGCAGAGUCGACUCACUUAUACGCAACCUACAAAUUUACACCUAAAAUUUAGGGUCAUAAAUAGCUUCGAGUUCAUAUAGUAGCCGUCAAAAUGAAGGCAGACGAGCUCGUUGCCGUAUCAACCUCCCUAGGAGGAGACUUCAAGUCUAUCGAACCUCACCUUAUUCGACUUGAGAAGCAUCUCACCUUGAGAACUUACCUUGCCGGAUAUUCUCUAAGCGAUCUAGACACUAAGAUCUGGCUUGCCAUUAAAAACAAUCGCGUUGCCGUAUCUUUCGUCCGCAAAGGGACAUACCCAAACCUUCACCGAUGGUUUACCUAUAUCGAACAAGUCCAUCCCGAGUUCCAAGCCGAAGUCAAGGCUGCCGACUCAGCACGGAAGGCCAAAAUCCAAGCUGCUAGUCGAGCUGGCGCGAGUUAUAACCUGGCACUACAGGAUACCGACAAGGGAGUCGUCACUCGAUUCCUCCCCGAGCCUUCGGGAUACCUUCACAUCGGACACGCCAAAGCCGCGUUGCUUAGCGAUUACUUUGCGCAUCAAGCUUACGAUGGCAAGCUUCGCCUGAGACUAGACGAUACGAACCCGAGUAAAGAAAAGGAGGAAUACCAGGAUGCUAUCAUCGAGGAUCUUGCUCUUAUGGGAAUUAAGCCUGAUGUGGUCACAUAUACUUCGGACUACUUCGAUCACCUCUACGACACCUGCCUCUCCCUCAUAAAGAGUGGGAAUGCUUAUGCCGAUGAUACGGACGUAGAAACCAUGCGCGAAGAGCGAGGAAAAGGUAUUGCUUCUAAGCGACGAGACAGGACUGUUGAGGAGAACUUGGCCAUCUUCGAAGCGAUGAAGAAUGGUACCGAGGAAGGACUCAAGAAUUGUAUUCGCGCAAAGAUCUCGGUCGACAACCCGAACAAGGCUAUGCGCGACCCGGUCAUCUACAGGUGCAAUCCCAAUGACCCGCAUCACCGCACAGGUACCAAGUGGAAGAUGUACCCCACCUACGAUCUCGCAUGCCCCGUCGUCGACAGCUUGGAGGGUGUCACGCACGCCCUCAGGUCCACCGAGUACACGGAUCGAAACCCUCAGUUCCAAUGGUUCCUCGACACGCUGAAGCUACGCCAGGUGUACAUGUGGGACUUUGCUCGUAUGAAUUUCAUCCGAACUUUCUUGUCCAAGCGCAAGCUUGCUAAGCUAGUUGAUACCGGCCGAGUCUGGGGCUGGGACGACCCACGAAUGCCGACCAUCCGGGGUAUUCGCAGACGAGGUAUGACCAUCGCCGCGCUCCGCGAUUUCAUCCUGAAGCAGGGUCCGUCCAGGAAUGUCGUGUCCAUGGACUGGGCUAGCUUCUGGGCCACGAACAAAAAGGAGAUUGACCCGGUUGCACCACGACACACCGCCAUUCUCAAGAAGGACCACGUCAAGGUCGCUAUUAUGGGAGACGAAACCCCUGCCGAGCCACGUACCGAGGAAAAGCCACUCCACCCUAAGAACCCCGCCGUCGGAACUAAGAAGGUAGCUUUCAGCAAAGAAUUGAUACUGGACCAGGAAGACGCCAAGUCAUUCAAGGACGGCGAGGAGAUAACUCUAAUGCAAUGGGGCAAUGCUUUUGUCAGAGCUGUCGCCAGCGGUGAUCCAAUCACUAGUAUUACAUGCGAGCUACAUCUCAAGGGAGAUGUUCGCACUACCGAAAAGAAGGUUACGUGGCUCUCGACGCAGGGGCAGAAGCUUAUUGAUGCGGAGCUCUGGGAAUUUGACUACCUGAUCACGAAGGACAAGCUCGAGGAAGAGGACGAUCUAGAACAAUUCCUAAACCCCGUGACGGCGACGAAGGAGGACGCGUUUUGCGACGAAGGUGUCGCCAAGCUUAAGCAGGACGAUAUUAUCCAGCUAGAGCGAAGAGGAUACUAUCGCGUAGACAAGGCGUAUGACGAGAGUGGUGAUAAGAAGAUUGUCCUAUUCGCCAUCCCCACGGGCAAGAACAAAUAGAUAGAUAAAACGUGUAGAUAUCUAGACCCUGUUAAUGAAAAAGCCGAAUGAUGAUAGACAUU